AUGGAGGCUAUCGAAGCGAAGAGCAAGAAAGCAGGAGGAGCUCGUCUCUGCUGCAUCUGCAACCAGAGAAGACCAGUUCUCAAACGACCCAAAACCCUUGAACAGAUAUGCAGAGAGUGCUUUUAUGAGGUUUUUGAGGAGGAGAUUCACCAAGUCAUUGUUGGGAAUCGGUUAUUCAAGUCCGGUGAGCGAGUUGCGAUAGGUGCCUCUGGUGGUAAAGAUUCGACAGUGCUGGCUUAUGUAUUAUCAGAGCUAAACAGACGUCACAAUUACGGGUUGGACCUUUUUCUUUUGUCCAUUGAUGAAGGGAUAACGGGUUAUCGUGAUGAUUCUCUCGAGACCGUUAAAAGGAACGAAGUCCAAUAUGGGUUGCCUUUAAAGAUUGUUUCAUACAAAGAUCUGUAUGGAUGGACAAUGGAUGAGAUUGUGAAGAUGAUUGGUCUGAAGAACAAUUGCACUUUUUGUGGUGUAUUCCGUCGACAGGCACUUGAUCGAGGAGCUGCGUUACUGAAAGUAGAUAAGAUAGUUACUGGACAUAAUGCAGAUGAUAUAGCGGAAACCGUUCUCUUGAACAUACUGCGAGGGGAUAUUGCUAGACUAAGUCGGUGCACAUCAAUCACUACGGGUGAAGAUGGUCCAAUUCCAAGAUGCAUAUACUCUCCUAAUGCUUAUCGUGGGUUCGCCCGUGAGUUCAUCAAAGACUUGGAAAGACUAAGGCCAAGGGCUAUUCUGGAUAUCAUAAAAUCUGGUGAAGAUUUCAGAAUUGCGACAACCACCAAAAUGCCUGAGCAAGGAACAUGUGAGCGAUGCGGGUAUAUUUCUAGCCAGAAAUGGUGCAAAGCGUGUGUUUUGUUGGAAGGAUUGAACCGUGGUCUGCCUAAGAUGGGCAUUGGAAGAUCUCGAGGAGGAGGCGUAAAUGGUGACCAUAAGAAGGAAACAAAAGCUGGAUCUACUCGUUGCGGUUGGAACAUGUAUGUUACGCAAAUGUGGGUCUGCGUUUUGGUUCGAUCUUUGGUUAUGUGUAUGUCAAAUGAGAUAUAUAGAGAUACUUGUCUUGAUUCGAAGAGCUCAAAUCGGUUGACUUUAAUGGCCAAUGGCUUCAUCAGCGCCACGAAGCUCCGGGAAAGAUCCGGCCAAGGCGUUAGGUGCUGUAGGGUAGUUCUUCGCCAUGUCUGGGAUCUUGCUUCUGAGCUUCCGAUCGAUAAGUCAGAAGUACCGAAUCCACCAGCUAUGCCACAGAGGCUGGUUUCUCUGGUUUUAGUGAUAACCCUUCUUGAUCGUGGUUAG